UAGGGAGAUCACUGAAACUUUUGUGUUAUUACUGUGGUUCUGCUUGGCGAUUUUUCAGGGGGGAAAAUAGUAGAAUUGCGCAUCAGGAUCUCCCAGCAAACUAUCCGUCACUCUAUGGGUGGGCUGUUUACAUCGGUUGUUCACCUGGCAACGGUGUGUGUGUGUGUGUGUGGGCUUAGACAAAUGGAUGUGCAAGAAAACACCUGAACAAAUCCUUUAUUGACCUCCAUGUCACUUUGAAAAUGAUUGGAAUAGGGGAAUUGGGAUUAAAUUUGAAUUCGCUCAAUGAUUCCCUUGCUUCGAGCAUGACCGUCAGGGAUAUGUACUCGAACAGUAAUUUGAAUUCGGCCAGCAGUCUUUCUUGGGCUGACGACGAAGUAGAAAACUAUGCUACAAUGAAAGUGCAGCACUACCUUGACAAGUUGGAAGACUUCCUCCACACAGGCAAUCCACCUAGUGAAAGAUGUUUCAACCAGUCUGAAGCUGAACAAUGGAAGAGUUUAGUCGAUCAUUUCAAAUUGCACAACUUACUGAAGGAAUCUCAGAGACGAGUCAAUGAAGAACAAUUGAGAAUGAAUCCCAUCAAAAAAGGGUUGGAAAUACAUGGCCACAGUUUUGUAAGUCUACCACCAAACAACAAGUACGGAAUAAGCAACACAACAAUGGGGUACAGCCAUUUUCAGACGCCAAGAAUCAGGAGUGCCUACCCUGUCAAGAGAGAAGCACAUCCAAUCAGGAUAAGAAGUGCCCACCCUAUGAAAUCGCCACCACUGCCGGCCAUAGGAUUGCGUCCCAGCACCAGAUCUGGCAAUGCCAACGAACGUUCCUACCGUUCGAGAAGUCCAUCAAAAAACCUUGAUUACAUGAAAAUCCUUGAUGACACGGCCCGUCUUUCUAUCCACAAAAACAUGAUCUUGACACCUGACGAGGUGCCUGCCUUUAGCAACAAGACCGCAUCGCCAAAUAAAGGCUACACUCCGUUGAAACGGGUCAAAUUGCAGCCUUCCGCACUCCCCAGGUUCACGGAAAACGGUCCACAGGCCACCAAUUUGCCACCACUGGCUGAAGCCAAACAUUCGCAUUACCGCAGGAGCAAAGCCAAAUCAAAAACAACUCCUGCCGUUUCAAUGACGAAUCCCAAAUCAGCCUAUGGCAACUUGAAAACUCUGAAUGGCGAGAUUGGUUACCAGACGGUUGGCAAAAAGCCCACCAGUGCCGCGCAACAAAAUCGGUAUACGGUGCCGCAAACAAAACCCGGCCAACACCAACACUACCGCCAAACUUGUAACAUUCCUGCAUCAACUUAUCGCGCCGGAAACAGCAUCGAAUUAGUCGGAACAAGUCUGUCGCUUUUCGAUCCCAUCGCCCGGUCAGUUCGCCCCAUUUCGAUACCAAAAUUGCGUACCACUUUCUGAAUUUGCCUACCAAGUAUGGGAGGUAUAGCGUACCUCCUCAAUUCCUAAACGAUCUCUCCAUCCGUCCUAGUCUUGCUUGCGGCCACGGCAAGGUCAGUGUGUCCUUUUUGUCUGUGCCCGGAUCUUUACAUUUACCAUUGGCUUUUAAUGUUCAAUUUCUUCAAUCCCCCCCAUUCGCCAGUCGGGCUCGUCUAUCAACGUUGUACAAUGUGACGAUGAAUAAAUUGUAAUCCGUCUGCGGUGAAAUGCAA